AGUACAUGAUUGGUGAAAUUCAUAAUAACAAUAAAUCCUCAACAGAUAGUAAUGCUCCAGUUAAGAAGAAAAAGUCAUCAAAAAACACACCCCCUGCGACAACUGUGACUGGAACUGUGGAAAGUUGCGACCAAAUUGCUGAGACACUUGAGGACAUCUCGAUUGUUGCUAUCAACGAGAGAUCAACACAAAGAGCGGGGUGCGAGCUGAAUCAGUCAGAACAAAUAGUCCAGUUAGUUGAAUUAGUUGCGGGCAGUGGUGUCUUCCUUUCGAGGACAGCACUUGCAUUGUACAAAACCGCACACACCAAGUCCUCGCUGGCUACACGCCUUUUAAAGGCGUUUUUUUCAGAAGAAAGGCGCGAGGGAAAAAUCUCUGAGCAGGGGGAGGUGGGAAAUUUGCUUAACCAGCAAAUUAUAACCACUAUUAAAGCAUAUGCGUCGAGGCAGAACCUCCCAGACGGGUGUAAAAAAGGCAUCACAAGUGCCAUGAACCUAAGUAUAAAAAACUUGAGGAGAGCAGCACGGAAGUCAGCUUGUGAAGAUGAUCUGCCAAGUCUGCCUAGUCUUCCUGAUGAUGAUGAUGAUGAUGACUACGAUGCAGAUGAAUCUGCUUGAUUGAAAACUUUGGCAUAGUUUUCACCAUUUUUUAAAAUUUAUAUUUGAUAAUAAACAAUUCGAACUAGUAAUCAAAAAAGUCAUUUCUUGUGAAUAGAGAUUAUGUGCCGAUCUAGAAAUUAAUUAAACAUUUCCAGUGAUUUCCAGAUUAGUAACUUUACCUUUGCAGCUUAGCAAUUCCAGGUAAUCUUAUUGAUCUUUAAGCAACAACUUAGUUUUACUUUGCGCAUAAAGUGUGUUAUACAACGUUCUUUGGGUUUAAAUUUUGCGUGUGACAUGUAGAGGCAUAGAUACCAUGUUGCAGGGGCGUUUUAUUGAUAUGCUUACAAACAAGGAAAGACUAGC